AUUAUGAAUUAUCAACAAUACUCAUAACUUACCCGAAGACCUGGUUUUAACAAGUGUAAAGACCAUACAUCUAUAGAUUCCGAAUCCCAUAUCCUAUAUCAUUAUCUCUUCCUAUUUUCAGAGCCCUAUUAUAACUACAAAGCUCGUUAACGAACCGGUUCCCAUACCGCGGACCAAUAUAUACAAUAACAAUAAAAAGGGCGAGACAAGUAAAGAUGACCACCCUGGAUUGGGAUAUCAUCCCAUACGAUGUGAUGGUGAUCAUCUGCGAACUUCUUUAUAACACUCACCUUUCGAGCCUGGCCAAGUUCGCAAGGUCUAAUAAGGCCUGCUAUGCCGCAGCGACCACAUUCUUGUUCCGCACCAUCAAGGUCUUCGUUCAUGACCAGAGGCAUCUACAACAAGACGUACAAGAUUAUCUCCGAAGGCUAGACCGUGACAAUGCCUUCAGGCAUGUCCGGCGUUUGUUAAUAUACGGGCCAGGCUUAACCCACAUUAAACAAAUCAGACGAAUUGAUCACUAUGACUCUAACAAAGAGUAUUCCAUGUCACCCCAAAUACGCGAGGAUGACGAUUCGGACAACCGAUUUACCAACAAUCUAGUGCAUAAGGCCAAGACUCUUCCGUUUCCCGCCGCCCUGAUACAUAAGACUGAUCAACGCUGGCAUCCGAUGGCCGACUUAAUCCGACGACUACCUUCAUUAGAAGACCUUGUAUAUCGCGGUCCAAAUCAGUUUCCGCCCUGUCUCCUCCAAGUUCUGCAUGAACACCGACCCACAUGUCGCCUCCAUAUUGACCAUUUCGGUAUACGCAGCCUGCUUCAGCAACCACCUACUUUGGAUCCCUAUGAGUUAAUGCUCGCUACGUCGCCAUGCCUUUACAGCAUUAACUUAGAAGUACAAGAUCCGUCGGCAUAUCAUGGUGAGGGUUUUAUGCCGGUUGAUCAAGUUGGCAUAGUCUUACGCCUAGUGGCGGGACUGGCUCCUAACCUAAAGGAAGCACACCUUUUUUGUGGUUCGAACCGCGGAUGGGACCCGAAUCAGGAACACUCCUCCUUCCACCCACCAUGGGAACAUCUGUUGAAGGAUAAAGCAGACCGACCGCAGGGAAAGGGUUCGCUAUCAUACCUGCAGCUAUGGGGUUCAGGCGACGAAAGACUUGUAACGGCACGCAUCCUACACGAUUGGAGUACACAUACUGACUUCACCUCGUUACGGACCCUCAGGAUAAACAACAUAAUCAGCGAAGAUGCAAUGGAGGCCUUAGAACACACACACAAGUUCCCAUUCAUUAAAACAUUGUCCCUAACUCUCCAAAUGCCGAGUGCAGACCCUGAUAUGCGACGAUAUUGUCGACAAGCAAGCGUGUUUGUUGGCAACUUGCGGGGACUAGAAACCCUCGAGAUUAGAGGAUAUGUACAUGCUAUACCUUUGGUUAGAAUAUUAGGCCAUAAGUUACGGACACUCCGUUUAUGGCCUUUUAGUGGCGAACACCUCGUGCCGCAAGACAUUACCAACAUUCGAGAGCAAUGCCCCUUUCUCACAAAUUUAACCUUGACCAUGCACCGCUCCAUGGGUGAUGCGGAUGAAAUGGCUAUGUACAGAGAGCUAGGUACUCUACCAAAGGUAGAGCAUCUGUCCUUAGAGAUGGAUACUUUACGUCGGCAUCCUAUUGGUACAAGCUGGGGCGGGCGCCGCUUGCCGGCGGAUCCCUCUUUUGACGAUUUUGACAAGGCAAGGAGUCACAUCUCUCCUUAUUUACAGGGCCACAUUCGAGAAGCUGUAAUAAACAGUGCGAUGGAUGGAGCUCUUGCUCGUGCCAUUUUCGAAACUAUCUCUGGAGCGAAGGGCGAUUCGACUCUGCAAAAAUUAGAGAUCCGUUUCGUGAAUCCUGAAAGAUAUCCUGGCAUGAGUGUCGUAAAUAUGGGGGAAUAUUCGAUCGCGCUCGGCCGCCCGUGGCAGGUUAAGCGUAGCCUGCGAAACGAUUCACAACACAUUUUGAUUACCCAAGAACUUGACGUAUGGCACAGAGAACGAAUAGAGCAUAAGGCUAGCAAAUCCUUCGUGCUCGAUCGCGAUACAACCAAGUUGAAGCCAAUUUUCCGGCGCAUAUGGCCAGAGAAGUGGAAAGGUAGCCCCUGGCGCGAGGAUUGGCACAGUUUCCCGCUUUCGACGUCUGGUUUGCAAUAGGGGCAAUCUAUACUCACGGCAGUUGUACCACGCCUAUAAGCAAGAUAUAUACAUGACCAAGCACUAUCGCUAGGACACUCGCAGCUCCAACCUCUUAGUCAACCGAACCAACACAGCUACACGCCCAAACAAGUAUAUUUUUAACCCAUUGUUACCUAGGAGAUAUAUGGACAGCCAAGUUUAGUUCCGGUUAUAUCGGAAAGAAGGAAGAUAGGAGAGAUUAGGUAGUGGCAUGGCCCUGUCCUACCUCAAUUUACGAGAGGCUUGUCCACUUUGGUCCCACGCGGUUCACUUCAUCCUUUAUCCUGACAGGAGGCAGCGUCAGAAUAAUCGAACCCAGGCAAACAUACUAAUAAGCCAGUAGAUCGCACUAGCUCUACGGGUGCAAACAAUAACAUAUUAUCGUCGUAACUUGCCGAUUUCAAGAUAGGGGACAUGCAGAAGUCAGCAGAGGUAUCACAGCGGAUGAAUACACCACCAACGCCAAGGGUUUAAUUUGACAUUUGUGACGUGAUGACUGGGAACCAGAGGGAUUUGGUGCAUUACACUAUGUAAGCAACCUAUUGCAGUUCACGGUUCUAUUC